AUGUAACGCUGACAGAGGAGAGCCGGUAAUCAGCUUUCUGCAGAGGGGACAUGUACACUGAUCAUCAGGGCACUGAUGAUCAGUGUGCCCUGCUGUCAGUGUCCAUCAGUGCCUCAUGUCAGUGCUCAUCAGUGCCUCGUGCCAGUGCCACAUAUCAGUGCCUACCAGUGCACAUCAAUGCCACAUAUCAGUGCCCAUCUGAGCUGCCUUUCAGUGUCACCCAUCAAUGCCAAUCAGUGCCACCUAUCAGUGCUGCCAAUCAGUGCCACCUAUCAGUGCCAGUCAGUGCCGCAUAUCAGUGCCGCCUAACAGUGCCAGUCAGUGCCAUAUAUCAG